UUUGACCAGCUGGUGCUAUCGUGAACCCAAAUCGUGCCAGCCGGGUGAGACUUGCGGGGCGACUGCACAAGUACGGCAACGCAUCAAUUGCCUAUUGUAACUACAGUUGAUCGUGUCCCCGGAGAUCAUCGGCUUUUUUGUGGCAUCAUCAAAUUGCAUCAAAUUGAGCCUCAAUGUCAAAGUCAUCACAAUUCCUCCGCGAGUACAAGCUCGUUGUGGUUGGUGGAGGUGGUGUUGGAAAGUCCGCUUUAACUAUACAGUUCAUACAAUCACAUUUUGUGGACGAAUAUGACCCAACAAUAGAGGACUCAUACAGGAAGCAGUGCGUCGUGGAUGAAGAAGUGGCCCUGCUGGAUGUGCUGGACACCGCUGGGCAAGAGGAAUAUAGCGCGAUGCGAGAACAGUAUAUGCGAACAGGAGAAGGCUUUCUAUGCGUAUACUCGAUCACCUCACGUAACUCUUUUGAAGAAAUAUCAACCUUUUAUCAGCAAAUCCUUCGGGUGAAAGACAAAGAUUACUAUCCGAUCAUCAUUGUUGCCAACAAAUGUGAUUUGGAGAGCGAGCGUGUGGUUAGCACACAGGAGGGUCGAGAUCUGGCGAGAAGCUUUGGUUGUAAAUUUGUGGAAACUUCGGCAAAGCAAAAAAUCAACGUUGAUGAGGCGUUUUACAGUCUCGUUCGUGAGAUUCGGCGGUUUAACCGUGAGAAUGAUGCGAGGGGUACAUCGAGGAACUCUCCAUCAGGAAGGAAGAAGAAGAAGAAUAAGUGCACUAUUUUGUAGAUGCCACACGGAUAAGGCUCAGAGAAUUGCUCCUUUUCUUGAUCCGUUCGGGAUUGCUCGAAGUUCUGAUUGAUCAAUCGUGGACGACUAGAAAGAGUCAAGAUUCUUGAACAAGACCGCUUCUGUACCAGCGCUGGCACGGUCGGGACAGAGGUGGAUACUGAGAGAAGAGGUUGCAGUGGCAAUUAUGUGUGUUUUGCAUGCAAUUCGUGUGUUAUUUUCUGUACUUGUGUACUUCAUUUAGAUUAAGAAUUCUAGUUAUUUUAUGAGA